GUUAACCCAUUGGCGACGGAUGACGUAUAUUGCCCGUCAUCAUGUAUACAGCGCGUAAAGACGGAUGACGGACAGUGUCCGUCAUGAAUUUUGGGAUUUGUUCAAUCGAUAUAAUUCUCGGUUAUUUGUAUGGUUAUUCCGUUCACCAACAAGCGAUCGAUAGUUGAAUCGUAUUAUUCGGUAUCUAACAUCCGAAUACAAGAAACUGAAUGCAAAAACCGAACAUAAACCUGAAUACCGUAACUGUUUGCAAUAGAACAGCGAUCAGUCGAGCAACAUGGCGUCUCGCGAUGAAGUGUUUCUCCGUUCGUCGGAGUUAUCUGCGUAUGUGGAUAAUGUACUGAAUGAAAGUGAUAGUGAUAGUGGUGAUUUAGAUGGCGAAACUGUGAAUAUCAAUGACGAUAAUGAUGAAAUCAGUGACAAUGACGGGCGAAGUGAUAGUAGUGAUGACGAUGACGACAAUGACAAUAGGCCUAACCUCCAAACUUGGACCUGGACAAAUGACACAAACACAGUAAGGCAAAUCAACUUUACUGGAAAUUCAGGUAUAAAUCCAAUUGUUUCCAGGCAAUUGAAUGCUGAUUGUACAGAGCUAGAUGUAUUGAAUCAAUUUCUAACCAAUGAGUUCUGGGAUAAAGUUGUAAGUGAAACUAACAAGUAUGCUAGGGAGAAAAUUCUUGGUGGAGGUGAUGUUAGGCCUAAUAAUAAUUGGACUGAUGUAACCAAGGAUGAAAUGAAGGCUUACUUUAGCCUUGUUGUUUUGAUGUCACAAAACCCAAAAACAAAAAGUAACUGACUAUUGGUCUCGCAGACAAAUAAUUCAUUGUCCUAUCUAUAGUGAGGUUAUGUCACGCGACAGAUUCAAAUCUAUUUCUAGAUACUUACACUUUUCAUCCUCACUUCUGCAAACUGACAAACUAAGGAAAAUCCGACCAGUUGUUGAAUUACUUUUGUCAUCAUUCAAAAGGGUAUUCAAACCUGGAAAGUUUUGUUGUAUUGACGAAAGUUUGAUGUCCUUCCGAGGAAGGUUAGCCUACAUCCAAUUCAACCCUUCAAAAAGGGCUAGGUUUGGAAUUAAGAUUUAUAAGGUAUGUGAUUCUGUAACAGGGUACUGCUACAAUUUCAAGAUAUACACUGGGAAGGAAAUUACCAAUGACACUACAAUGCUAGUUAGUGAACAAGUUGUUUUGACAAUGACAGAAGACUUAGUUGGUGAAGGUCGACUUAUGUUUAUGGACAAUUGGUAUUCAUCGCCAAACCUUUUUUUGGAGCUCCUAAACAGAGAUACUUAUUGCAUUGGUACAUUGAGAGCCAAUAGAAAAAAUGUUCCCAAGGAAAUAAAAAAAGAAAAACUGAAGAAAGGAGAAAUAACAUUUCGCUCAAGUAAUAACAUGUUGUGUCUGAAAUGGAAAGAUAGGAAGGAUGUGACAAUGCUUUCAACAUACCACGAGAGACCAGAUUUCCAAGAAGUAACUUCUCAGCGAGAAAGUAGAAAACAAAAUCCAGUAGUAAGCCUCAAACCAAAUGUUGUUGUAGAUUACAACAAGUAUAUGUGUGGGGUAGACAAGCAGGACCAAAAACUUUCCUCCUUUCCAGUAAUGCGUAGGAGUGCCAAAGGGUACAAAAAAAUAUUUUUUUUACCUUUUUGAUAUUGCAUUAUGUAAUGCUAGUAUUGUACACAACUUGGUCACUAAAAAGAAAAUUCAUCUUU